AUGGACACAUUACCAGUCGAGCUCGUGCGGCUCAUAUUUGGCUUCUGUGAUCGGCAAUCCGCCAGAAAUCUUCGGGAGGUCAACCAGACUUUGUCAAAUGUCGGAUAUGAGUAUAUACUGGCACCGAGGUUUACCGUCCUCGGACACAGGAACGAUAUUAGCCGACUGCAUAACAUUGCUCACCACGCCCAACUGAGAGCCAGUGUUGAGUCCGUGGUCAUUAACCUCUCUGAUGUCGACGAUUAUGACGCGAGACAUGCCGCAUGGUUGCAACACUUUGUCCAACUUCCGGAAGAACGGUCACUAACCCUGAGUAGUGCCUGGAAUGAAUAUCCCAAGAUAGCCGCAAGCCGGAAGACCCUGGCUCAGUUCCACUCGAGGGGCGACGAGCUACGAGAAGCCUUCGCAUCACUGCCAAACUUGACAGAAGUCAUGGUUACUUUCACUGAAUGUCCCGUCGACAACGAGGUUCUACGUGACGUAUAUGGCGUCCCCAGUUGUCGAAGGAUGGACCGCACCAUGGCAUAUAACAAUCUGAACACGAUUGUUGCUGCAUUACAUGGCUUGUCACUGUCCUCGCUAUCGAUCGAUUGGUUUCCUCUUGAGAUACUCAAGACACCUCAAAGCCGAAAGCACUGGUUCACACAUUCUCAAUCGCUCAGAAACCUCUCUCGCCUGGAUCUAACCUUGGACCCGUCUGGCCUGCAAGGGCCCGCUUCAGCUAUGAAAGCUGUGAACGGACUCGGAUACAUCUUGCAGCAGCCGAAGAUGCUGCACAGCCUAAAGCUUGCAUUCCACCCGUAUUCGAGCCCAAACUCCAGAUUCGCUUUAUCAUUCUGGGAGCUGUUCAACGGAUUUGUGUAUCCGGAGUUGGCUGAGCUAACUCUGGUAGGCAUAUCCUGCGAGGAAGGAGAUCUGCAAAAUUUCAUCAUACAGCACCGGUCGAGUUUACGUCGGCUGCGCCUGGGCGGUCGUGGAUUAGCAAAGCCCUACCAAGCUUCGCUCGGCGGUGUGCAUCUCCGUGAAGGCACAUUUAGAUCAUUCUUUAUGGGACUUCGAGCCAAACAUGUCAAUAUCGAGCGCUUACACCUUGAGGGUAUCUUCGAAUGCGAGGGCUACAACGAAACGUACAACUUCUAUCCACUCACGAACGAGGAGUGGGAGGAUGUGCCGCGCCCAAGCUGGGCUCAUUCAUCUCGUCAGACUAUUAGCUGUUUUCCUUUCGAGCAAUUUCUUACCUCUGGAGGCCCCUAUCCGGGCACCACAUUCGGACAACAGAACAAUUGA